AUGUCUGAAGAAGAGGAGGAAGAAUACUUCAAUAUAAACAGCGAGCAUCAUCAAAUCUGCGAUGAUUCUGAAGACAGGAAAUAACACAAACCAUAAAACAGCAAGGUGUUGAUCAAUUUGGGCGUUUUCGCUCUCUUUAUAGCCAUCUCCUCAUUGAUCUUCAUGGGCUAAUUGGCUAAGAAAUCAAGAGAAGAUAAAAAACCAAACAUCUUGCCCUUCCAUAAUCCCAAUAAUCGUUCAGAACUUCUAUGUCCCCUGAAUACAUCAUUUGACACUAGCUAGUUCAGUUGCAUGAGUUGUUCCCAAAAUUGUGAAUAUUGUUAUCACGAAUACAAAUAGAGAUGUGUUUAAUGCAUUCAUCCGUAUAAAUUGAAACAAGAUAUUUGUGUUGAAGAUUGUGUGUCCAUUGACAAUGUUUGUAUAAAUACAACAGAUGAUUUACUUAAUUUGUAUAAUUACUCAAUAGUUGAUUUGGGAACAGAAUUAAGAAUAAAUCAAUUAUUCUAAGUUGAAAUUCACACUCAUCUAUUUGAAAAUCUUUACAUCCUAUUCCCUCCACUUGGUUAAUCAUUUAAUUAUUUCUAUGAACACGUAAAAUUACCAGAAUUGGCUUAAUAAUUGAAUGCAACACUCUUUGUGUUUUCAACACCAUAUACAGAAGUGUUAUAAGUCUAAGAAAUCUCAGAUUCAAUUGAUGAUGAAUUUAGGUAUAUAGAAAGAGUCUAUGAGUUUGUUAAACCAUAUUUAUCAGAAAAUACGAAGACAAUCAACAUUAUUGGCUUAGGAGAAAUGCUCUUCUUUGCUCAUCGUUUAUCCACCUUUAUGUAUCAGUAUUUAUUAUUUGUAAGAGUUAAGAAAAUGCCUACAUCCUUGGAAACCAAUGUGACUGUGAUUUUAAUGCAAACUUUGUAAAUCCCAUUGUCAGAAUCAUUAAAUUUAAGUUUCUUGUAGCUACAGCACUUACUGGCUUACAUCGAUUAAGGAUGGGACAUAUCCCAUAAAGAAAAUAAGACUGAUCUUAUAGCCAAUAAUGAGGACAACCUUUUUUCUUAAAUUCAGUAGUUUCUCUUGCAUCUUAGCUUUAACAAUUUAGUCAAUCCAUCUUACAAUAUGAAAAUAAAUGUUGUUGUUAUGUCUGAGAGAGGAUGCAAUGACAUAUCAGAUUUAUAUUAAGACGGUUUCAAUGCCAAGAAUUUUAUGUAGAUAUUCUUAGAAGACAGUCAUUUGGCAACAUAGUUUGCAAGAUUAAUCAGCCUGCAAUGAGUUUGUAAUUAGACAAGUUAUUUUGAGUAAUUGUUAUUG